AUGGAUGUGGCAGCCUGCAAAGCUAACAUUGAGGAGCUGGUUCAACACAUCCAGAGCAAGAAGUUUGACUCUGCCUUUGACAGUGUCUACCAGAAGGCUGAGAGAUUGGCUCAACACCCAUGCAAAAGUCUCAAGCUGUACUACGAAGCUCUGGAAACCGUCAUCUCUCAGAUCCAGGUUUGUUACGCACAUCUGGAUGACCUACGCUUCCUCAAGCUGCUGGAUCCAGCGAAGUUCACUGACAUGAACAUCCAUUUCGCAACAGAUGUGGUGGAUAGCCCAGUGAAGCUCUACGAGGGCUUCUUCAACAUGGACAGGCUCAGAGUGGACCUGAAGGCAUUCUACAUAGGCCAAGGACAGCAGCAGGACAGCCACAAGCUCUGUGAAUGGAUCUGUUUCAUCCGGUCCCAGAAGAACCCACUACCAGAGCUCUACAAGCUGAUGUGCCUUGUGGUGACCAUUGGAGUGACCUCAGCUGACGUGGAGGAAAGCUUCCCCUGCCUGAAGCGCAUUCAUGACUUUGUGAAAGGGGAAAAGUUGGACGAUCAGCUCCACCAGAACAUGGCCAUGAUGUGCAUAGAGAAUGAGGGUUUGUCACGAACUCGGGGCGCAGCACUGGUAUGACAAAGUCACGAACCUCUGGGCCAGAAAGACCAAGAGAGAAGAUGAGUUCAUCACCAAGAUGGCUGCAGGAGGGUUGAAAGGGCAGGCAGCAAGAGGACCUCCACAGCAACAGAGGAAUCUCAGGAGCCACCA